AUGUCUCAUAUAAACAAAGUUCGUAUUAUUGGUUCAUACUUAUCUCCAUAUGUGAGAAAAGUGUUAGUGUGCUUAGCUAUUAAAGGUAUUCCAUAUGAAAUUGAUCCAAUCGUUCCAUUUUAUGGCAAUGAAGAAUUUUCUAAACUUUCUCCUCUUCGUCGUAUUCCAGUAUUUACCGAUGAUAAAGUUACAUUAUGUGAUUCAUCUGUUAUAUGUCAAUAUUUAGAGGAUGGUUAUCCAAGUCCUAAUUUUGUUUCAAUAUAUCCAAGUGAUAUUGUAAAUCGAGCUAAAGCAAGAUGGUAUGAAGAAUAUGCCGAUACUUAUAUAGGAAAUGUAUUUAUAUGGCAAUAUUAUAAUGAAGCUGUCAUUAAACCGUUUGUUUGGAGAAAAAAAAGCGAUCAAACAAUAAUUGAUCGUUCAUUAAAUAUUGAAAUUCCAAAAGUCUUACAAUAUUUAGAAGAAAAUGUUCCAAAAGAAGGUUAUAUGUUUGGUGAAAAUCAUGUUACCAUUGCUGAUAUUAGUAUAACAUGUUUCUUUCGUAAUUUAUUUAUGGCUAAUGCUAAAUUUGAUGUCGAACGAUAUCCAUUUACGUUUUCGUAUAUUAAUAAAAUACUUUCUUUAUCAUAUUUUCAAUCAUUAAUUCCAUUUGAAAAGAUUAGCUUCACUACUCCAAUUUUAAAUCAUCGAACAGCAUUAGCCAAAACAAAUGCUCCGAUUACUAGUGAAACAUUUGGUAUUAGCAAACCAACACCUGGUGUAUUUUCUGAUCAAGCAUCAUUAUAA